AUGGGGCUGCGCGAGGUGACCUUUGCAUACCCCUCGCGCCCGGACGUGCCCAUCUUCCAGCGCUUCAGCCCCGCCAACGUCCACCACUUCAUCUCCUCGCUGGCCGACGUAAGUGCGCUCGCGCCUCUCCUUCAUCCGUCUCUCUUCCACCCUCCGUCUCUCCCUCUUACCCCUGCUCCUCAAGACUGCUUUCCGUUCCCCCUUACCCUCCUGCUACGAGUCGCAGGUGUAGGAGCGAGGCACGCAGCUGUCGGGGGGCAGAAGCAGCGCGUGGCGAUCGCUUGGGCUAUUCUACGGAAUCAGCCGGUGGUGCUGCUGGACGAGGCGACUUCGGCGUUGGACGCGGAGAUUGAGCAGGCGGUGCAGGCGGCGCUCGAUGCGCUUAUGGGCGCGCGCACCACGCUCGUCGUCGCCCACCGCCUGUUCACCGUGCGCCGCGCGCACUGCAUCGCCGUGCUGCAGCGGGGGCACGUCGACCACGCUGCCACCGCUCUCACUCCAGCCUCUGCUCCCGCCCCUGCUCCUGCCUCUGCUCUCCCUCCCACCGCCGCUCCCUCUUCCGCCGCCGCUCCGUCCACUGCUUCUGCUCCCGCCUCUUCCCCCGCUCCCGCCGCUGCCCCCUCUACUGCCUCUGCUCCCUCUCCCGCCUCUUCUCCCACUCCCGCCUCUGCUGCCUCUACCAUCUCCGCUCCCUCUCCCGCUGCUGCUCCCCCUCCCGCCUCCGCUCCCUCUCCUGCUGCUGCUCCCCCUCCCGCCUCUUCUCCCACUCCCGCCUCUGCUGCCUCUCCCAUCUCUCUCGCUGCUGCUCCCUCUCCCGCCACCGCCCUCUCUACCGCCUCUGCUCCGGCCGCUGCUCCCCCUCCCACCUCUGCCCCCUCUCCCGCCUCUUCUCCCUCUCACGCUGCUGCUCCUCCUCCCGCCUCCGCUCCCUCUCCCACCUCUGCUCCCUCUCCUGCCGCUGCCCCUUCUACCGCCUCUUCUCCCUCUCUUGCCUCUUCCUCCACUCCCGCUUCUGCCCUCUCUCCCGUCUCUGCUCCCUCUCCCGUCUCUGCUCCCUCUCCUGCCGCUGCCCCCUCUCCCGCCUCUUCCCCCUCCCCCACUCCUGCAGCUCGUCCUACUGGUUUUGUCGUUUGUUCUCCUGCCGCUCCCGCUGCAGCUUCUGCUCCUGCCUUUGGUGCUUCUUCUUCGCUUUCUCCGGCCACUGCUGUGGUUUUUGGUGCUUCAACUCCGGCUUUUAAUUUCGGUUCUGUCCCUGCCGCUCCUGUUUCUUCAACUUCGGCAUUUGGUUUCGGUUCUGCUCCUGCCGCUCCUGUUUCUUCAACUUCGGCAUUUGGUUUCGGUUCUGCUCCUGCCGCUCCUGUUUCUUCAACUUCGGCAUUUGGUUUCGGUUCUGCUCCUGCCGCGUCUGGUGCUUCAACUUCAGCAUUUGGAUUCGGUUCUGCUCCUGCUGCUUCUGGUGCCUCAACUACUGGUUUUGGUUUCAGUUCUGCUCCUGCCGCGUCUGGUGCUUCAACUUCGGCAUUUGGUUUCGGUUCUGCUCCUGCCGCGUCUGGUGCUUCAGCUUCGGCGUUUGGAUUCGGUUCUGCUCCUGCCGCUUCUGGUGCCUCAACUACUGGUUUUGCGAUUGGAUUCGGUUCUGCUCCUGCUGCUUCUGGUGCUUCAACUACUGGUUUUGGUUUCGGUUCUGCUCCUGCCGCUCCUGGUGCUUCAACUCCGGCGUUUGGAUUCGGUUCUGCUCCUGAUGCUCUCGGCGACAACACGCGCCUGCUCGGUCAGGCUCCAGAGGAGGAGGAGGAGGAGGAGGAGGAGGAGGAGGAGGAGGAGGAGGAGGAGGAGGAGGAGGAGGAGGAGGAGGAGGCGGCGGCGAUGCAGGCGGAGGGCGUGCGGGAGGUGGCCGUGGCAACCGGCCUGGAGGUGCUGUACCAGGAGACCCCCGACAACCGCGGAGCGGCGGCCGAGGCUGACCGCAUGAUCGAGCCUAGGGAGACGGCUAGGCAUGCCUGGCGAGUGCCAGACCUGGGUGUAGAGCCUGUUGUUAGUGCAGGUGAGGAGGCGGUGACUGAGGGGGGUUAG